CAUCAUGAUAUCAUUGUGGAGAAGGGUCUGUUUAACCUGUCGCUAGUCGCCUCUGCCUGGGAAUCAGGGGAAAGUGGUAAAACGACCAAAUACCUCAAAAAACUUGUCAUUAAAGUGAUGCUAAACUGUGGAGCUCACUUUCUUUAAACAUUUGACUAUGCUAAUCUUUACUUCCAUUUAAGACAAGAUACAGUCUUCUCAUUGUGGUGUAGUGUUUUAUAUGAAACAUUGCUAAAUUAGAGUAGAUAUUGCAGAUUAGAUUAUCACUUAAUGUAUUUUAAUACUUUUGAUGUACUUCUUAAGAUACAGUUAUUUAGAUUUUACUUGUUUUCAUUUUUCUUUUAAAUACAGCCUUAAUGUCUUAUUUUAGGCCACUUCCACUCAGUAAUGAAUAUGCCUCCACCUGGAACUGAGAAAUCUUUCCACAGCAACCUGGUGACAAAUGGCAAAAGACAGGCUACUUAUUACACAAUGGUCGUGUCACCAUGUGGAAGCUAA